AAUAAAUCAAAAAGUGACGUGUGUUCAUUAAAACAACUCGAAUAAUUAAGAUAUAAUUGAUCAUUUAGAAAUGUUAGAGUAACGAUUUUAUCGUAAUUGAAGAACUUCCAGCGAUUAAGCAUCAUGGCAAACUUAAACAGUAUUCUUGAAAGAUUACGACUUUGGCGAGAGAACAACGACCGUAAAAGUCGCAAAAUCGUCGAAUAUUGGAUCACCGAACUCGAAUCAAAUAUUCAAAAGUUGGGGAGAGAAAAAGCCCUAAUUUUAGAGCAAGUUUGCAUAGCUGCUCUCGACUGCAACGAGUUCACUAUCGCUAAAAAAUGCCUCAAGGAGUUGCAUAAAGAUUUCCCCAAUAGUCUAAGGGUGAGAAAAUACGAGGCCAUGCUUUUUGAAGCCCAGGAAAAGUACGAAGACGCUAUUAAAAUCUUGGACGACAUAAUCAAAGUCGAUGAGACCAACAGUGGUGCCAAAAAACGCAAAAUUGCAAUUCUGAAAGCCCAGGGCAAGACCGUUGAGGCGAUCAAAGAACUGGCAGACUAUUUGAAAAUUUUUAUGGCCGACGGUGAGGCCUGGCAGGAGCUCAGUGAACUUUACAUAACUGAGCAGGAUUUCCAAAAGGCCGCUUUUUGCGUGGAAGAAUUGAUUUUACACAACCCCCACAAUCACUUAUUGCAUCAGCGUUACGCCGAUAUAAAGUACACGCAAGGUGGUUUGGAAAACAUUGAAUUAGCGCGCUCUUACUACUGCCAAGCGAUUAAACUGAAUCCGAAAAACGUGAGAGCCCUUUACGGCCUUUACAUUGCGACUACUGCUAUUGCCACUUCAGCAAAAUGUUCAUCACAGAAGAAGAAAGAGGCGCAGAAGCUGUCAGAGUGGGCACUGAACGAGAUUCAAAACCAGUACAAACACUCCAACAUUGACGAUAUUGAGGAUAGGCUUGGGGCAUUGCAAAUUAAUUAGGAAUAACACUUGUAAGGGUAUUAAAAAUACAGCACGUUUUCCCAAAUAUAUUAACAAAAAAUGAA